AUGAAAGUUUUUGGGGAUCCUUUGUCUCCGUUUCUUUUUGUUCUUGUCAUGGAAGGAUUAACCACCCUUGUCAAAAAGUCGGUAGAAGUGGGGGAUUUCAAACCUUUCAAAUUUAGAGAAGAGGACUUAGUGGAUAUUCUUCAAUUCACGGACGAUACCGUUAUUUUAGGGGAGCCUUCUUGUGAUAAUUUUUGGAGCUUGAAAGUGUUGCUGAGAGGUUUUGAACUUGUGUCGGAGUUAAAAACCAACUUCACUAAAAGUAACAUUUUCGGUGUUAAUGUGGGAGAUUGGUUGAUGCAUACGACAACAUCGUUCGUUUCUUGCAAAAAAGGGAACUUUCCUUUCAAAUUUCUUGGUAUUUGGGUGGGCGCUAAUCCUAGAAGCAAGAAGACGUGGAAGGAACUUUUAAACAACAUUAAGAGUAGACUAUUAUCUUAG